AUGUUUGCUUUCGCUGAGCUCUUGGACUUCCAGCAACAUCCACAGAAAGCAACAUAUUUCUUACUCGACAUUGUUUUGAAUUUUCGGUCCGUCUACGUUUCAGAAUCGGGGCAAUGGCCACCAAGACGAAAUCCCGAUAUGGUGAUUACUUCGGGUGUUGGUUUCUCUCCCAUAGAGAAUUUCUUUGAGGCUCUUAUUGGAAUGGCUGCUGUCCAUAUCGAGCGUAAAAGAUCUUGGAGAAGAUUUCUGGUAUCCAAUUGCAAAAAUUUGGUCAAACGGCCUGAGUAUAUUUUUCUCACUAUCAUAGUAUUUUCGGCACAAGUAAUGGAGGUCCAGGAGUGGCGAUGCCAACUCCUCUCUUGCUUCAUUAUUUCGGGGGGGACUAUUUUUGGGGGGAAAUUUAGUCUAGUUUCUCCAGGGAAUAAAGAGCGCGAUCCGUUUGCGUUAGAGAGUCGAUCAGGUCGAGGUCGUGGAUGUGGUAGUCAUGCUGAGGAAUGCGCCACGCAAAGCACUUCCUCUCUAAUGCAGUUAUGUUUAUCCACCUUGAGAAGCAAAUCUUCUCCCGGUACCUCGAUAUAUUCCAUAAAUGAUUCGGCCAUAACCUUCGGUAGCGAGCGAACCUCUAAGACGGCGACCUUUCUAUUUUUCGAGACCAUGGCUCCUCAUACUGUCUGGCUUUGGAGCAACUGCGACGGUCCCGUUGGAUACUGUCGCACUGAUUGGCUAGGUACUCCUUAUUGGGACUCUAUGGAACCACUAUUGUAUCAGUUAGCUGUCUUUCAGAAAUAUAUUCUCAAGUUCCACUCAAAUCUCCCAACGCUAUUUAUUAAUUCUGAGAGCAAGCUGAGUAUGCUAGAAAGUAACCACAAAGAACAUUGUCUUGAAGUAAGGGAUUUUAAUAUAGCCAUGAUAGGGAUCAACCACUUUUAUUUCCAAUAUAUUUUCUCAGAUAGUCACGAUGUUGAGUUUGAGAGGCGCGGCGAAUUGUUCUCUUUGAGAAGAAAGAGUGCCACUUUGAACCUGGAAGUGUUGAUUGAAUUCUCCGGCUGCUCAUUCUAA